AUGCACUUGUGGCCGAGCUCACUCAGUGCUAUCUUCCAGGCUGCCAGCUGCGCUGUUGCAUAUGCUGUUGAACUCUCUCCUGUGCCAGAGAAAAUUGAAGAAGUUAAUGAGAGGUGCAGGCCGAAGUGGAGUGGACAAGGCUCCAUUGGCAGGCAACUUACUCCCGAUGUCAUCUCGGACAAGUGGGGAGCUCAUGCAAUGGGUGUUCAUUCCGCCAGCCAAGAACCAGACUGUCUACUAUAUUUCCAGUUUUUACACCCCAAAGCCUCUGCUGAUGAGCUCAGAUUUCAGUUCAAAACUGUCUACAGCUCCAAAUUGAGCCGGAAGAUUAUCUUCACUGUUAUGACUUGCAAGGUGGAGGACAAGGAUGGCGCACUUUUUUAUAGGAUAGAGAGCAGACUACUGGAGGACAAGCACUGGCAUGCAUAUAUUGGCCUGCUUGCAGAUGAGAUAAAAGUCAGGAAUAAUGUACGUUGCUUUCCCAUCCUCCUGUGCUGA